AGGAAAGUCACAUGAUCAAAAAGAAACAAAAUGUCGUCGGAGAAGUUUGAGUCACUCGAAGAUGACUUGACAGCCAUAAUCGAUGAUAUCAAAUUGAAAUUAGAAAGGAAAAUUCCUCAUUAUGUUGGAGAGGAGAAAAAAAGUGCGGUCCGGCAAGUUGAACGGAAACUGGAGGAUGCACAUCUCAUUCUCCAGGAAAUGGAAAGUGAAGCCAAGAUAGCUCCAGUGAGCUACAGAACCCAGAUGCUGGGGAAGAUCCGCAACUACCGGAGUGACGUGGAGGGCAUGACCAGAACACUGAAGAAAGGCAGCGGAGGAGGAGGAAGAAGCUCAGACAACUUUGGGUUUGAUAGAGAGGAUAGAAUUGAAGCCUCCCAGCGAAGUAAGCUAUUACAAGGUCACCAGUCAUUGACAAGAACAUCAGAGAGUAUUGCACGAUCACAACAAAUAGCUGCAGAGACGGAUCAGAUCGGUGUGGAGAUCAUCGAUGAACUGGGACAACAGAGAGAAACCCUUGUCAGGACACGGGAGAGGCUUUCGGACACAGAUGCGAACCUGGGCAAAAGCAGGAAGAUCCUGAAGGGAAUGGCAAGAAGAUUGAUGACCAACAAGAUGAUUCUGGCAGUGAUUAUUCUGUUCGAGGUUGGAAUACUAGGAGGCCUUGUAUACUGGAAGUUCUUCAGUUGAUCAGGGCUGGAGUCAGGGCUUGUUUGGCAGUGAGAAAGACACUAAAACAAGAUUCAGCCAACUGGUCGGCACUCUGCUGCCAUUAUCUACAGAGGAACAGCAGAGGGUGUUGGAACUCUGCAUAGGAGCUGAUCAAGUCAAGGAAACUAAUGUCAAGAUUUGACUAUGUAAAACAAUUUUGUUCUCCCUCCCCAGCAAUUCAUAAAAUACUCAGGUCCAUGGUAGGAUUUUUAAAUCUGUGGCAUAUUUCCUCUCAGGAUGAUCUCACUGAAAAUUUCCAUUAUAUGAAUAUUAAGAAGAAAAUUGGAGUUUCUUUAAUUAUCACAAUCCAGAAUGUGAAAAGCUAAUGAUUAACAGUGAUUGACUGAUUGUGAGUGAGUGAGUUAAAAUCUUAAGUCACAUUGGCAAUAUUUCAGCCAUAUAGGGACUAUUAAGGGCUAAACAUGAUAAAUACAUAGGGACUUACAUAAACACCUGCCAACGAAGGAGACUGAUUGUAGGGUAACCUGGGGCUACAGUAGUGAUGGGGGACUGGGGAUACAGUAGAAAAGGGGGAAACAAGAAUGACCCCCAAGAACCUGGGACCAUUCCAUUUAUCAUGUUAUGACAUCACAUUAUGACAACAUGUGUAUAUGACAUCUCCGACCUGACAUCAUUUGACAAUGAGAUUGACUAUGUGCCACAAGUUAGAGACUUGCUGCCGAUCUGAGAUCAGGUGAAAUUUACUACCCAAGUACCCGACGUACUAUUACCCGACCCAAUGAUUGCCUCAAGUUUGGUACGAAAUGUCAGAUUAGGAAUUGGUUAAACAGAACCCUGGCAGAAAGUAUUUAGAUACACAUAUAAAACAAUCUGGUCAUGCAUACACUGAAAUUGACUGAAGCUCUAUAUUUAUUCAAACAUAUAAAAGUUAAAGGAAUGUGUGAAGUCUGAAAGAAAUGUGAACAUUAGUGACUUGCAAUAGUGUAAGCAAUAUGUCACUUGACUAACCACGGGUCCAGGUAAACCUGUGUGUACCCAGGUCAUACUCAGUACCCACCCAACCCAUCUUCUUGAGGCAAGGGAGUUAACUGACUAUAAAAGUCCAGUUUCCACCCUUGAAGAACUAGGCUGGAAUUCUAGUGAGACUAUGCACAGUCCAAUCAAAACUGUGUAACAAAAUCGACACCCGGUUUAAAAAAUACCGUGCAGAUUUUGGUUUAUUGCAGGAUUUAGCAAAACGUGCGUGCGCUAACUUUUCAUGUUUUUAAUCAAGGUGCUCGCUUGAUUUGAUGCACUUUGUGGAGUUAGAUCCAUUUUAUUACAAUAUAGAUCUUGAUUAUCGAUCAGCUCGUCCUGAUAGGAGGGACAUAACUCAUA